AUGAAGGUGGUCUCCACAUUACCCCCCCCUUUUUCGAGGCUUCUUCUUGUUUGCUAGGCAAGAGAAGUCUUCUUGGGGUAACCGGAACCCGACCGGCUGGCGGCAAGUAGAACCACCUUUUUUCCAACAGUCUUCUGUGCGUGUGGGCGGGUGCGCCACUUCCGCCACUCACUGCCAAAAGUUUCGAGUUCGAUAGACAGUGCAUCGUUUCUUGGCCCACCCACCGUGUUUCUUUUUUCCGUACUUCGGAAGAAAAUUAGGUGAACUGCGGGUUUUGAACCCGUGUCUUUUGCAACCAAAAGCAGACACACUGACAUCUCUUCGUCGACGCCAUUAUGGAAAAGAGGGUUACAGACGUUUGGGGGGUUCCAACCUUUAUGAAGGUGGUGAUUAAGCGGAUUUCCGGCGUGCGGUACGUGGUCGCUCCGUACGAGGCGGAUGCGCAGCUCGGAUUCCUCGCCCGAAACGGCCACGUCGACGCCGUCAUCACCGAGGACUCGGACAUCAUGCUCUUCGGCUGCACGCGCGUCGUGUUCAAGCUGGACCGCGACGGGACGGGGCAGGAGGUGGACCUCCGAGAGGUGUUUUCGCGAAGGAAUGACGAGCUCGACAUGCGCGGCAUGAACGAGGACGACCUGAUGACGCUCUGCGCGCUCUCCGGCUGCGACUAUCUUCCUUCGGUGCACGGCAUGGGGCUGAAGAAGGCCUACCGGAUGGUGUCUCGUCACAAAGAGGCGACUGCCGAAGAUCUUGAGAGCGGUCAAGUUUGACUCUGCCGAGUCGUUCCCCCCUGGCUACGAAGCGGACUU